UUCGUAGCAAUUCGUAGAUUAUAAGCGACUUCUUGAAAUUUUGAAGCUUUUGAAGUUAAUUGUAAAAAUGGCAAUAUGCAUUUGUAUAAAAAAGUUAAAAGUGUUCAGAUAACAGUAGUUUUAGUAGCAUUUAAUGAAAAAUCUGACUUUAUACCUUGCAGGUAAAUACUUUCUAUUGAAAAUUCGAAGACGCUUUACUUCUAAGAAGUGGUUACUUAGUUAGUACUUAGUUUGUAACAGAUGCUUUAAAGAGAAAAUAAAAAAUGAGUGGAAACGGUGACGAAGAUAAAACGGAACCAGGGAAAACAUUUCCUUUGGAUCUUGCUGCUAAAAUUACAACAGUAAAAUCUGUUGAUUGUAAAACUCCAUUAAUAAUGACAGGACAAGCUUUACGAAAUAUGAGAGUUUUAACACCCUCCAGUGCAGUACAAACAUCCCUUAAUACAGGGAAUAUACUAACUACCAACAUUUUAUCUCAAGCUGUUCUAAAACAAGGUGAAAUAAAUCGUUCUCAAGGGACUAACCUGGCAAAUACUUCACAACCCCAGCAAUCUGUAUCUUCCAAUGUUAUACAACGUCCCACACAAAUAACUCUUACAGCAAGUCUUCCAGUUGUAGCCCAAAGUCCCACUGGUACAUAUCAUGUACCUCGAGGUCCUGCAGUUGUUGCUAACUUAGCAGCACCCAGAAGCAACGUAGCAGCUGCUAUUCGGAAUCCUAUGAUUGUAAACACACAGACAGUCGGUCAAUCUGCCCAAGCAUAUGUAAGGCCACCAAGAACACCAAGUCCUGCUCAAGGUACAGCAUGGCUGACUACAAACUCCUCAAAUGGAUCUCAAAUUAAAGGUGCUCCAACUGUUUUAAGUUCUCCAGUAAGAGGUGCAUCUGUAUCAGGUGUAAGUGCAAUAGGUAAGCCUCAGAUUGUAGCCAGGACUCAAGCUGUUACCCAAACUGUGUCAAGUGUUCGACCUACAGCUACUAUUUUACAUUCAGCGAUCACAAUAGGACAAGGAGGACAGAUUCAUCCUUUCAAGUCUGGUCAAAGUAAUACGGGAAUACAGGCUCUUACUAACAACACAGUAACUUUGGCCCAGGUGUUGCCAGCUAGAACACAAACAUUAGUUUACAGUACUGGAGGGAACACUGCUCAUUUGGCAGCUCCUCCUCGAAUUGCAGUUAGCACUAACAUACAAAAUCGGCAAUCUACAACACCUAAGACUAUGAAUCAAGUGACAACUACUCGCUUGACGAUGCCUGUUAACGUGACGGCCGCAACACGACUAGUAACACCUCAGGGUACCGUUUUAACUACAGGAACACGACUGACAACGACCACUUCUACGCAACAGGCGACCCUUUUAGGGUCGACUGCGCCUGCGAGGAUCGUUUCGACCACACAACCUGCCGUUGCGAUUGGUAGAGUGGCCGUAACGCCCACCCAAAGCUCAUCGGCGAGCAAUGUGAUCGGGCAAAGUCGAAUUUCUACGUUAUCCCUUCAUCCCCUCGUUGUGGCGAACACCUCUCAACCACGUACUAUUCAAACGCAGGGCGCUAAAGUCAUCACACAGACAGCGCAAGGAACUGCCAUUCAUUUGACGCAGAUGCCUGCCACUAUAAAACCCACACAAACAAUAGUCACUACAGCAUCCAGAACAAUAAACGUUCAACCGAUUGUCACCCAACGAACAGUACCGUCGGUAUCGUCACAAGCCAUACCUAUUGCAAAGGUGUUUUCUCCGCAAGCUGAAAAUCAGCCAGUAGUCACCCCCAGUGCCGGUGUCUUCAUACACGCCCCGCCUGUUGCUGCUGUCUCUAGACGUUCAUCACCAGGCCCAACAAGUGUUGCCGCAGCGACCACGGUGGUUACGACUGGCGUUGCAACCUAUUCAAUAGCUAGCGGCACAUAUUUCUACGACGCAACCGGAACUUACUCAGUAGCCCAUUCGUUCAAUCAGUCGUCCUUUGCCACGGUGCCUCAAUCAACCAAUCAGCAAAUAAAACCCGCCAUCGCACCUCAAGUACAUGGUAUUGUGACAAAUCAGCAAAUGAGAUUUAAUCCGGUCAUGGUGCUGGAGCAAAAUCGAGUGCCUCAGUAUUCCCAAUCGCAACAAUCACAUCACCAAGACACAGGUCAUGAGCAAUCACAGGUGUCUGGUGGCCCGUCUGCACAGAUUAUACCAACUCAGACGCAAAAGGUCACUUCUUCGCCAAGACCUAGCAUCCUGCGCAAACGCGAUCACGAAGGUUCGCCACUGAAGGCAGCUAAGAACCUCAAUUCGUCCCUUGUUUCAGCGAUAAUACCGCAACAAAAUGUUGCUCCGCCACCCAUUUCGCCGCCUUCGCGACCUGAUUCCGGCGGAAAUGGAAAUAGUUCAGGGGGAAGCACAACUGUUUCUGCAACUUCCAGUCCCGGUAUGGCCGAAACUAACGAAGAUAGCAUGCCUCAUGUGCCGUCAUCUAAUAAAGACGAAGAAGAAAGUAAUCGACCACCAACUGAAAUGAGCCCUAGAAAGAAACCGAGGAAGCAGCAGUUCGGUACUGGCAGUAACGAUCUCGAUGAGAACAUGAACGACGAUAUGCAGUUUAUAACGGAUGGUGCGGUCACGAAGAAAGACGCAGAUUCUGAUGAAAAUCGAUCGGACGGUAAAGAGGAAAUGCCUUCCGAGACACGUGUUGUCAGGAAACCGGCUACACCAAGUCUUUUGAACAGCUAUCGUCAAACGUGGAAGGCGACGCAUAAUCAUUAUUUGCGUUAUUCAGAUGUGAGGCCAAAAGACGAACGUCGACCGACGAUCAUGGAUUUGGCAAAUCAGUGCCGUGUACUCGACAAAGUUAAUGGGUGGAAAAUACAUCACCUGUCAACCCAAAUGGAAGAUCUGGCGGAUGAAGAACAAGCUGUGUAUGAUCAGCUUACAAGAUUGCUAAAAUUUACCGAAGCAGAAGAAAAAAACAGCAACGAAAGAGAAAUAAAUCAUAUUAACGAACUCAUAAAGGGUAAUCUUCAACGCAUUAAAAUAAUCAACGAUGGAAUGGUGGAAGCUAAAAGUCAGAUAAUGAAAAUUUUCGACCACAAAGUUCACGUAACUGACAUUAUUAACCGUUGUGCCAGCAAAAGAAAUUUCAAAAAGCGAGAAAAGUCCUAAUUUUUAGAUAAAAUACGAGAAGCGAAUAAUGAAAGAAGUCCCUGUAUUUUUUCCGUUCCUCAUUUAGCUGACAAACGAUCUUUUUAUUACCAAUAUGCACAAGAUUAAAUGUAAAAUAUUGCUGUAUAUGAUUUUACAUAGGAUAAGUAUGUAAUUGUAUUAUUAGGAGUUACAAAAUAUUUUAACGUGUAAUAUAUUUCUUAUUUCAACGAA